GCCCUUGCGCUUUUCGUUCUGCAGGGCACGACGGGUGAGCGUUUGAGGGAGUGGCAGAGCAACGGUCGCCGAAGCACUUCACGGCCCGUCUCGCCAAGGCGGGCACCCUUGGCAGCCUGGCAUGUGGCAUCAAUGCGGGUGCUUCGGAAUCUCCCCUUCAGCGAGAAGAACAGCAUGCCUUUGGUCGCGCAUGCUGGCGGUGGUUUACUGCGCAUGGCCUUGGGCUUCACGCCUUGUGCCAGGCGAUACCACCAUGUGGUGCGCCCACCAAGCUGGUCCACCCCUGUGACGCCGAGCUCCUCCAACCCUAACUUCAUAAGCCACUCCAGCCUUUCAUGCUGA